GAGCCCUCCCUGCCUGCUGGGUCUUGACCCCCUAAGGAUGGAUCUAGCGGCUCCCGCUACUGCUGCCGCCCCUGUCUCAGCCCUGGCCCUAAGUCUAGUCCCAGCCCCAGCAAAGGUCCCCCUGGCACCCCCUGGCCUGUUAAGCCCAUCGCCCCCUCUCUCUUCUGGACAAGAAGCAGAUGGGAGUGAAAGACGCAGUUGUCUCUGGAGGCCCUGGCUGUGCUCUACAAAUGACUCCCCAAGCACAGUGAGGAAACUUGGGGAUUUGGCCACUGGUGGGGCAACAAGUGCUGAGGUCACCAAAGCUGACUCUGAGUUCCAUCACCCCGUCAGGCUCUUCUGGCCCAAAUCCCGCUUCUUUGAUUACCUGUAUAGUGAUGGGGAGAUUUUACUGCAGAACUUCCCUGUCCAGGCAACCAUCAAUCUGUAUGAGGACUCAAACAGCGAAGAGGAGGAGGAGGAGAAGGAAGAGGAUGAAGAAAAGGAAGAGAAAAAGGAGGCAGAUGAAAAGUGGCCAGAAGGGCGUGUGAGGGUAUCAGGGGAUACCAACACCAGAUCCAAGCAAAGUUGGGAUGCCUUUCUGAUGGACCUGGCAAGAAAAGAAGAUGGCAUCUAGAGAAUCAGCUUGUCUUGGGGAACUCCCCCCAUUUUGCCUGCUAUCCAUUGGGGUCUGUUUUGGCAUGAGAUGACU